UCGGCCCCAUAAGCUCUUCGACAUCCAUAUGUUUCUGGCCUUCCGCAAUCUCAGGGCUUGAUGGACUUCCCAUGAUCUCGAUCCCGCUCAUGAGGGUUUCGUGUUGAAGAUUUUUCAUUCCCACCCCAUGUCUGUGCAAGAACAUGAACGCAAUAAAGGAGAGUGGCGACGACCUGAGUAGCUGCAAAGCAUCCACAGCAAAUGAUGAUAACUAUCCUCAAAAACCUUUCACAAAAAAAACAGACAUGAUCAAAAAGCUGGUGAUGAUACAAGAAAGCUUUCAGCGAGAUUCGGUGGAAUCAGACCAAGAGUCCAAACUCAAAGAAGACUUCGAUCUCCAGCGUAAAGCCAGAAAAUCGAUGCCCCCUCUUGCGCAGGCGACGGGCGCCCCAUCCGUCUGUGGGCCUGGAUAUCCGUAUACCCACCAGACUUACCUACACCUCGAACUGAUCCUGGAAACAACAACAUCGUGAUGGAAAACAAGCCCCGAAGGGACACUUAGUCUGGCGACAAGACAGACUGAAAACACUAGUCGGUGGACGUAUUACGGUGUCGAUGGAAAAAU